CAGAUACCCUCUGCAGCUCAGACCCAUGUCUGUUGCCAGAACACGGGCCCAGGACGCGCCUGUGUGUUGUCUAUGUGAACGCAGAAGCUUGAAGGACGCUAGAGUGUUUAAUGCUGCGGCGGAGGGGACCGCUGGAAACAGUGGUGGUGGUGGCAUCACGCGUGGGGUGUGUGGCAGUGAAGUGUUGGGCAAUUGUGGUACGGGUCUAGGCACAAGCACGGAGACGGACAGAGAGAGAGCUCAGGGCACAGCCAUGGAUGUGGACGGGGCGUAUGUGGCGGUGACUGGUAGUAACAUGGAUAGGGAUACAGCAGACCCCAUAGAUCCUGAGGGAGCCGGUACCAAUGCACCCGAAAGUGCACAGAAAAGGACACUCGGGGCUGAACAGGAAGCAGUGCCGAUGGGCAGAGACAGCAGUGAUGAAGACGUUCCCUUAGUCCCAGCAGCAUCCAGACGUCACAACAACACACGACACCCCUCCCCCCACCACAGCCACACAGCCACACCCUCACCCCCUCCCCAUCACACGCCGCAGAGUGCCCCAGACCCCAUGUUUGGCGAUCUUAUGAUGUACCUGGACUCCUCCAGCCGUCAGAAGAUCGAGGGUGGCUUCGACAUUUGUGGCAAGACAUCAGCGCUGUACGCGCAUGUGAGCUGCGCCCUGUUCUCCGCUGGCGUGAAAGUGGCGUCUGACGGGUCUAUGUGUGACUUCAAUCAGCUGACACUGCUUACGGCCGGGGUGGGGGCGGUGGUUGCAGGUGAGAAGGGGCCCGGUGGGGACAGUGGGUGUGUGAGUGGCUGGCACUCGAGUAGUGGUACGCCUGGGCGAGACGGAGGUGCAGACGGGAUACGGUACAAAAUCCCGGGACAGGCCCAUUCUCACGCGGAAAGAGGUGCAUGCGCUGAGGGGGACAUCUCGGCCCAGCCGAGUGUGGGGGUGGUCCGAUACGCCAACACGUGGUCUCGCCAAGAUCAGUUGGUGGAGGCAAGCACGUGCUCCCACUGCCAGCAACAAAACGCCACGGUGGUCUGUGCGGAGCCGGGUUGCGAUGUUCGGUACCAUUUCCGGUGUCUGUCUGGUGCGUCGGCUGUGUGUGUGGACGCGGGGCCGGUGGCUGUGCCACGCGAGCGCAGGAAGGUGUACUGUCACGCGCAUACGAUACGUCUUCGUAGCGCAGGAGACCAGACACCGUGUGUUCAGCUGGAGUGUAUGGUGUGCCACACAGACGCCAGCGGCAGUACGUUUAGGGGUAGUACGGCGACUGGGGCAGAGGGUAGUGUAGGUGUAGCUACGGUAGAUGGGGAUAGGCACGUGGGCUUGCCUAUGGUACAGUGCCACUCGUGUGCGAGGCGUGCGCACAGGAAAUGUGUACCUGGUCUGGGGCAGACGGUCCUGAAAUUGCCACGUCAGGACAGUCCAGGUGCCAGGCACGUGACAUAUCGCGAGCGUCAUGUACACACACCCAGAGAUGCCGAGAGAAAUAUGCUUGGCGUUGUUGUGAGCGGGGAUGAUGUUUCGGUGGAUGUUGUGAGUGUGUCGGAUGGUGUCAUGAGUGGAACAGCUGCGGUGCUAGAAAAACCUGGUUUAAGUACACCCACAAGCAUCAGUGGCCCUGUUGGUACGAAGCUGGAUAUUACGGAUACGGAUAUGGAUAUGGAUACCAUUGCGGACUCUACUGCGCAUGCAGCAGGCUAUGGCACACGAAGUGCUGAAGCAGCGAAAGAGACCAAUGGGCAGGCCAGUGCCACAACCAUGGCCACAGGUGAGGUACAGGCAACGGCACAUGCGCAACAGACCGACACACCGAUGGAUUUGCGAACUACAGUGGAUUCAGAGAAGGCGCAGGUCAGUGUAGCUGCAGAGAACAUGCAGGUCAGUGUAGAUACUCGGGCAACCACGGACAGUGUUGGUCUGAAGAGCUCGGAUGCACACUCGCGUAGCAGAAUGGAUGUGUGCGCGAAGGAAGGCACAGACGGGGCAUCACGGGCCGAUACAGCGGUAUAUAUGCAAGAGACUCUGUGGUUCUGUGACGACUGCCAGAGAUGUGCGGAGUGCAUGUCAGUACAUGACAAGAGCGAUGAGACCCCCACGUUCCACUGUACUGUGUGUCAGGCAGCGUACCACAUAGGUUGCUUGAAUGGGGUGGGUGCACGGUUGUACCACGUAUUCCCGGAUGUUCCGUUCACCUGUAAUGACUGUGUGAGGUGCAGCGAGUGCUUCUUCGACACUCCGGGAGAGAACAAGGACGACCAGUGCUGUGAGGUGUGUACAGUGUGUCUGCAGGCGUCCCAGUCGUCUAGCACACACAUGAUCCUGUGCACGGGAUGUGCACAAGCCUUUCACGACUUCUGUGUGGCGGACGUGCCACAGCAACAGGAGAAGCGAGCGCAUUGGAAGUGUGCCGAUUGCAAGACCUGCGACGGCUGUGGGUUAGAGGCCGCUGAUACCACCGGCGAGAACGCUAAGGGGAUGGUCACAUGCAUCGGGUGCUCGCUGACCACCCAUCUACAUUGCGCCUACCCGAAACUGAAGACACAUCCGGAAAAACCGUACCGGUGCUUGGCCUGUGCGCUGUGUCGUCGGUGUGGGACGCGCCAAGCGACGGCGUGGCAUGAGCUGCACUCCCUGUGUGACAUCUGUUUCAAGGUCAAACAACAGGAAAAGGAGUCGCGAAAACUGGGCUAUGUAUGUCCCAUGUGUGAUAGCACGUACAUAGAGAGCACCAACAACAUGAUCGCCUGCGAUAACUGCGAGAAGUGGGUGCACUAUGUGUGUUUGAAGAUCACACCGGAGGACGGGAUGGAGAUAGAAGACGACAUGAUGUUCUACUGUGGGGGCUGUCAGCAAGGGAAUAAGGCGCUGAAGAAGAAGAACGAUAAGUCACGCAGUGAUGGGCUGUUGACCAUCAAGAACGAAGACUUCCAGCAGAAAUCAGGUCCAGUCGCCAAACCCGUGAAGGCGAAGAAAGCCGAAGCAGAGACACGCAAACGCAAGCUGGCUAGUAGCACCAAGAAAGCUCCCAGUGCAACUAGCCUGUCCAAAAAAAUCCGGGUGCAAUCCCGUAAGGAUGCACCUGCACCGGCCCCGAAAAUUCCGGACAGGCGCGUGACUGUUGUGAAACGGCCCAACAUUGAGGACAUGGGAGAAGUACAGAGGCGAAUACAGCACCACAAGGAAUUGAAGCGACGGGUGCAUCUGCAAAAGGCGGCAGAAGCUCAGGCGCUGACGCAGGCACGGACGCAGACACAGACACAGACAUAUACACAUCCGCAGACACAUACACAGACACGUACGAAUGAAGGAGAUGGCUCUGCGCAUACUCAACAACCUCAACAACACGCACACACACACACACACGCUCACGCUCACGCACACAGCCAAUCACAGCCCAGCGAGACGGCCAUCAGCCAGGUGGACGGAGCAGAUUCAGACACCGGCAACAGCAGGGUGAUGGAGCCAAUCACCAACAACAUGCUGCUCAACAACCACCACCUACCCCCCAACGGAUACGGCGGCCCAGGCAAAGGUAGCGCCAAGCGAGAGCGCCCCAGUGGGGCCAAGGGCGGGGGAGGCUACAGGCCGCAUGUGUAUAGUGGAGUGGACCAGGAGGGGCAGGCGCAACUACGCGCGCAGGCUAUGUCGGACCACCGACAGCCGCACGCGCAGACAUUGGCGGACAGCAGCCGACAAUCGUACGCGCAUGUGGGCGCGGAGACGAGAGAAGCGGCGCCCUACAGGCAGUCGCGUGUGCAGGGGUUGUCAGAUAUCAGACCCUCUCGUACACAGAUGGUGCCCGAUGACAGACAGCCACUGCCACGUGCACAGGAGUAUGCCCUGGCGGCUGCUGAUCAGGAGCAGCGCAAAAUAGAGACGCAGGAUGUCCUCAUGACCCUGUCUGAGCUGAGUGUGAGUGGCAGAAGCGUCACAGCCCCUAAUGUGAACACAUACAACAACCGCUACACCGGCACGCAACCCGACUACAGCCCACACGCACACGCACACGCACGCACUCGGAGUGUAGACCACAAGGGGCAUGGGAGUGAGAGGACUCGAGCCGGCGAAGGGGUACAAGGUUAUGGUACGCAUGACGCGGACAGAUAUACGCGAGAGCGAGACACGCCAGCAAAUAGGUACAACCACGCCGAGCAGAUGAACGGGCCAAUGGGAUAUGCACCCAGGGGCAGUGAGAACUCCCCGUACGUAGGAGGGUACCGCAUGGGUGCAGCGGGGCAGAAUAGGACCAUACAACCUAGAAAGGCACACAGCCAGAACCACAACCAGCAACAACAACAACAGCAGCAGCAACAGCAACACCUGUACUACGUACAACAAGCACAUAGCCAGUACACCAACCAACACGAGAACGACCACGAGGCCAGCGAACGGCGCACACAGGCGGAAUGGCCAUACAAACCCCUCCCACACCCAUAUGCCCUGCCCAGGCGACGGGAAGAGACCGGGCAACCGCACUCUGGGGGAGGGGCUAAUAUGGGGCAAAUGGGUCAAUUAAACGGCCACAGCCGCAUGUUGAGUAGUGAGGAUGUGCGCCUGAGGGGCAACGGGGCCCAGAUCUAUGCACCUGGGUCCCAUUUGGAGGGUGCGGGAGAGCUGUCGCCCGGUGAGCGGCGGGCGAGUGUGUCGUCGCCCAAUCUGCGAGAGGGUGUGCCAGGCUCUCGAGCAUACGUGCCACUGAACGCCGAGAAGACGGUCUACAACCAGGCACGGCCCACACAACACCGACAAGUGGCUCCACAGGCACAAGCACAAGCACAUGCACACACACAGGCGUAUACCCUCGCCUCUGUAAGCCACGCCGUGGCUGACCCCAGGCAAGCGAUACCCAACGCUAGUCAAGGGACGCCUCACCCUUCUGCCUCGGGACGUUUACUGUCGGCCCAAUACUCCCAUCCAGAUGCCCCUGCACCAGCGGGUGAAACUAAAACGGUCAGGCUACCUCAUCUGCCUGUGCGUAGCCAUAAGAACGCCAGUACGGCCAAGGGAAUGGGGGCCCGGGCACCGGGUGAGAGAGCCAAUCAACUGCUCGCAAAGAAAUACAGCAGCCAAUCAAAACAGCGGAAAGGAAGCGUGCGCACGCCCGUCGACGCCCGCGAGUACGACCCGCCCGCAAACACAAACUACGCGCGGAUGAACUCAGACUACACACCAGCACCCGCAGGAGGACUACGCGACCUCCACGCACACGCACACGCACACACGGCAGACCCACAUAGCAUGUACGCACACACCACUUCAGAGCAUCUGCGCAUGUCGGCGUAUGCGCCUGCGUACGGCUCUGUGGGGCAGCCGAGUGGCAGUGGACAGGGCGUGUUCAUGGACUCGUUCAGAGGAGGUGGCGGUGACUUCCUCAGCGCCCAGGACCGAGAUGACCUGGGUGCAGGCGAUGGGCUGGGUAUGCCAGUCUCCUGGAGACAGCCGGGUGGUACCGGUAUACAGCAAGCACGGAAUACCGGGACACACCGCAGCACACCCCAGGCACUGCCUAGAACAGACCCUCCAUCGCCCGUUGCGCUUGGGAGAGCCGACCGCGAGGAGGUGAAUGUGCCCAAUAACCUGCACGGACGGGGUAAGGGCAGGAGUGCACCCGAGAGUACUGAGUCAGGGCCAGGACAGAACAAGAGAGGGACUGGGUAUGGCACAGGGGCAGAGGGACCAGGCAGUGGUAGAGACAUGGACAUGGACAUGGACGCACUGAGACAGCAGCACACAGAACACUCUCCACUGGGCACACGGAGAAAAGGGGACACGCAUGCAGAACUAGGUACGCUGCAAGGCACUCCAUCGCACACCACGCUGCAGGCACCCACGCACGAGCGCACGCAGGCGACAGGGACGUCUGCGGCACACCUGCCCACCCAUACAGAUAGCGUGGCCCCUGGUGUAUUGGAAGUCAGGCAGCCUGCAGUAGCACCAACCUAUCAGCCAAGCCGAACAAGCUCACAGCCAACCGGGACAAGCUCACAACCAACCCGAAAACCCUCACAGCCAACCCGAAAAACCUCACAACCAACCCGAAAACCAUCGCAACCAACCCGAAAAACCACACAAUCAACCCGAAAACCCUCACAGCCAACCCGAAAACCCUCACAACCAACCCGAAAAACCACAAAACCUGUGUCAGCAGAGAAGCGUGUCUCGUCGCCACAGAUAGCACAGGCACACCUGCAGCCAAACGCACCGCACACAGUGGUGCAACCACCGCCAGACACGUUUUUUGUGAAGGAAUGCAAAACCACAGGGCAACAACUACAACAACGAACACAGCAACAACCACAGCAACAACCACAGCAACAACCACAACACCAGCACCAGCACCAGCACCAGCGCACGUCUCACACACACACACAGCCUUUGGCACAAGCACUGCACUUGCAUGACCUGCCACUGACCCACCCACGGCCAACAAAAGGGACUGACGCGCCUCAGGAUGGUGGGGGUGUAGCGGGAGAGGAGCCCCCGCGUGGUCGCCAUGGCAACCAGGAGGUGUCGGAGUUGGAGGGCUCGUCAGAGUCUGAGGCCGAGGUGAUGCCGUGGAAGAAAUUUGACCAGCGCGCACAGCAGCUGCAUCAGAUACAGAAGCAAGUGAGUGCCACGCACACGCCAGCCCACACACUGGCACAGCGAGACACGGAUGCAGCAGGGGACGGGGUGGCGGGGUUGGCCGAGCUGAGAGUGGCACCGAAUGUGCGAGAUGUCUUGUUCACGGAGGAUGGCGUGGGGGAGAUUCAGGUGCCCAAGGGAGUGCAGGUACUGGAGUCUACAACGACGAAGAAAGCCAAGGCACGGUCCAAGGCAACACCUAAGACCACCCAGGGGCAGGGGCAGGCGAAGGCGACGGAGAAGGAGAGCAAGAAGACCGUCACGGAUAAAAAACUACCCCCUGCUGUCAAGCUCACGGGGGAAAGCGGGACGAAAGCGGUACACUCCAAGGAUGGCAAAGGCUCGGAGGGGGUGCCUAUGGUUAGUAAGAAACUGAAGACAGGAAGCACUUCGGGCGGGGUGGUGAAGCCAGGCAAGCAGCGCAAGACUCAGCCCAGUAAGAAAAGCCAUGGCAAUAAACUGGUUACCAAGGUUACCGAUGACGUUGCCAAGACGCCUGCCUUGGUGCCCAGCAGCGCCGGUGAACCGGUUGCCAUGGCAACCACUACUGGCUCCAACCACAGCAGUUAUACACAGCACAAGCCCGCGCCUACUGAUACCAAACCCAAGCACAAGUCACUUUCUACGGACGCACUUGUAAAGUCGUCAAAGUCUGCGGUCCAUGCCACAGCGCGCAAGCAGCGGAAGUCUGUGGCCAAGCCCAAGCUAACCCAUGCUGUCAGGAGAGGUCUAGAGGACAGUGGGGGGUGUGGGGUGGAUACGGAGAUGGCUACGUCGGCCGAUAAACUAGAACCACGCGUCGGAGAUGUCACAGACCGACACGAGAGUGCGAUGUCUGUGGCGCUGAGCUCAGAACAACGAGAGUUUGCAACAGCUGUGAAGAACGCUAUGCCUGCCAUGCGUCACACACCGUCCGCAUCAUCGACGACAGGAAAGUCUCUAAGCUGCCACACUUCCACAGCACCACCAGACACACCCCUCCUGGACCUCAUCAAACCCCUGAGCACGCUAGUCACCACAGACAACAGGCUCACACACAACACAGAGACACGCCCGGUGCAUGUGCUACAUACGGCACACCCUCUGACGGCCACCUGUGUGGACAGCAGCACGCGUCCCAAUCGCGAGGCGUGUGUGCAGCUGAGUAGGCUAGCCAUGGAGGUGUGCCAGCCGUACUGGGGCGAGGACAAACUAGCCCCGGCCCUGAAGUUUUGGCUUUCGGGGCCGGCCAUCUCAUUCGUACUGGAACAAAGGUCCUGGACAAACGAGUGUGACAGUCACCGAUCCAAAUGGACUGCGUGCGAUGUGCCGGUGCGCUACCACAAUCCCUUUAGUGAACUCAGGCGCAGGACGUUGAAGGUGGUGAUGCCAGACAUAGCAAGGGUCGCCUUCUACCAGUUCCAGGUAGUCUUGCGGGUAGCGUGUGAUGUCACACGCGUGCGCGAGAAUGAGUCUGUGGACGAGUAUGACGAGAACACUAACUUCGCCACACUCCUGGAGGCUAUUGCACAGAAGCACGCGAAGGCGGAGAGGGGUAGCUAUGUGCGACUGGCGGCAACACACCCUACUGUGGUGUUCAGUACUGGGGAACGCCAACUGAAGAUAAACCACCGAUGCAACCUGUGCGACGAGAAGUUUGCGGCUGUCAAAUGUUCGUUAAAUCGCUGCAACAUCGUGUUCCACUAUCCCUGUGCACGUGCCGCGGGGUGUGAGUUUCAUACCGAUGGCACGGUGUUGUGUCCACAGCACAGCCUGUCAGAGACUGUCGCGGUUGAUGGAGUGGAUCAGAUCACUGAUGCCAGUCGGGACGGCAUUGGGGAGAAGCCUCUUGCCUGGAACAACCCCCAUACCUGGUACGAAGAGAUCUCCAAAACCAUCGGGCUGCAAGACGUCUGCACGAGCAUGUUAACGCGUUACGAAGCCCUUGGCACCAUCACCAACCGCAUACAUGAAACCACCAACGCAGCAGCCAAAGCUAACUUGCCCCACGUGUACAUUAGAGACAGCACACUUAUGACUGUGAACAUGGGACGCAUAGUGCCACACCCCGCCUUCCAUAGUACACAGUACAUCUACCCCGUUGGGUACUAUGCUGUGCGCAUGUUCUGGAGUGUACUAACGCCGAAUAAGCGUAUUCCGUACCGUUGCGAAAUAAGCACCACGGGCGCGUACCCUGUGUUUGUCAUCACAUCACCUGAGGGCGUCCGCAUAUCGCGUCGGUCGGUGUUGGCGGCCGUGCGCAUUGUGUUGCGAUUGGUCGAGAGCGCGCGGAAUUUCGAUCUCAACCAAUCAGAAGCCUUGGAUGGCGCUAUGCCCGGAGCUAAGGGCCAAUCGAAUCCCAGCCCUAGCAUUGACCCGUCCACUGCUAUGAGGUCCGGUGCAACCAGAACAUCCCGCCUCUCCUCCACCAAACCCGCCGCUCGCAGUCGAACCAUCUCAGCCCGCAAUUCCGUAUCCAGGCAACCGAGCUACAGCCACAGCGUGCCGGUCAAAGACGCCGUUAGUAAACGCGUUUCGUUUCACCCCCGCACCAAGCACUCGGUGUAUGCACACUGGUUCUUUGGUCUGUCGGCCACUCACACAGUCAGACGUAUUGAGCGGCUGCCUGGGUCGUGGAUGUGUGAUGCCUAUCGCUUCAAGACCUUCCCCACACCCUCGGGCGAACCGGCGAGACAGGAUGAAGAACUAGAGCUGGCUGCGGCUAAGGCGUAUGAUCUCACUCGCCACUCUGUGUCGGGCUGUGCCAGGGGCGACCUUUACACAAAGAGACGCAGCAAAGCACGAUGCACCACCAUGCGGGUGGAACGGGAGGACCAUACAGACUCCACCCCCACCAAAAACGGCGUUACCAGGCAACGCGGAGUACUCUUUAACUCACACGACGCUCACAAGUGCGAGCGCCGGAGGGCUGGUGACACCAUAGAGACGCAGUACAAGCAGCUGAGAGAGCUGGUGAGGAAGCGCACGCGUGUAGGUAGAUCUGGCAUCCAAGGCCAAGGCCUAUACGCCACUGAGCCUAUCGAGGCAGGGGAGAUGGUGAUUGAGUAUGCGGGCGAGGCUAUCAGACUGCAUCUCACGGACCAACGAGAACGCUACUACAACAGUCGCAAAAUCGGAUGUUACAUGUUCAAAAUGAACGAUGAGAUUGUGGUGGACGCCACACUUAUUGGCAAUGCCGCCCGAUUUAUCAACCACUCCUGUGAGCCAUGCUGCAAGUCAGAGAUAAUCACUGUCUGCGGCGAAGACCAUAUCAUCAUCACAGCCAUUCGCGACAUUCAGGUGGGUGAAGAGUUCAGCUACGACUACAUGUUCGACUUUGAUGACGAAAAUCGCGCACCAUGCCUGUGCGGUUCCAAAAAGUGUCGGGGAUGGAUGAACUAAACUAAACUUAUGUGUAAAUAAGUAGUAGGCAAAAAGGCCCGAAAAUAAUAAACGUA